UCACCCCUCAUUUUCAUCUCAACCAAUCAUUUGUAGAUUGGACUCCUACACAACGACAGUAAAUAUAAAAGUAAUUCACGACGCCUGAUCGUAGAAAGAAACACGUUGAUGAAAGUGAGGAAUUUGCAAGCUCUUUCUUUCAACAUCUGAACAGACUACGGCAUGAAGUUGCUGCUCUCUCUGGUUCUACUGCUGCCCUUCUCCACAGUUAACACAGGUGCUGUGGAAAGUCAUGACAUCCCCCCAGAGGCUCCAGAAAGAGAAAAACGGCAGCUCUCUCAACAGCAACUGAUGGUGACCACUAUUCUGCAAGAGCCAUUUAUAAUGGUCAAAGCUACAGGAGGAUACGAGGGGUUCUGCAUUGACCUGCUUCAAUUAUUCUCAGAAAGACUCAAUUUCAGUUAUGACAUCCAACUUGUGAAGGAUGGUUUUUAUGGGACAAAAUUGGAAAAUGGACAAUGGACUGGCCUGCUGGGGGAACUGAUGAGAAAGGAGGCAGAUGUGGCCAUCGCUCCGCUCACAAUCACCAGGCUGCGUGAGAGUGAGUUUGACUUCACCCGCCCGUUCAUGUCUGUGGGGAUCAGCAUCCUGGUGCGCAAGGACACCAAUUCCCAAAGUACCGGCCUUUUCCAAUUCCUGAGCCCAUUCUCCCCCGAGACCUGGUUCAGCCUGCUCUUCGCCUACAUAAUGACCUGCUUCUGCAUGUUCCUUGCAGCAAGACUGAGUCCCAGUGAAUGGAGUGAACCUGAGGUUGAGAGCAAUCGCUUUUCUCUGCUUGACAGCUUCUGGUUUGGAAUCGGAGCUCUCGCUUUACAAGGUGUAGGACCACAUCCAAGAGCCUUAUCCACACGUACCAUUGGGAUGGUCUGGUGGCUAUUUGUCAUUAUUUUCCUGGUGACAUAUGCCACCAAUUUUGGAGCUUCAUUAAACUCAGAGAACCAGAGACCAAUAAUCAAAUCCUUCAAUGACCUUGCAAAACAAAAUGAAAUUGAAUAUGGGACAGUACAUGGUGGAUCCACAUUCCAGUUCUUCAAGCAAUCAAAAAUUCCAGUCUACCAUAAAAUCUAUUCAACAAUGAACAGUAAAAUUGAUUCUGUCCUGGUGGGUACGAUGAAUGAAGGAACAGAACGUGUACUCGCCUCGAAUUAUGCCCUAAUUGGUGAAUCGGCAACGAUAGACCUGGCUGCUGCAAGGGACUGCAACUUGAUGAGGGUCCCAGACGUUGCUGCUGUGAGGGGAUAUGGAAUAGCCACUCGCCGCGGUGAUUCACUCAGAAAUAAUUUAAGUCUUGCCAUUUUGGAACUGGAGGAGUCUGGACAUCUGCAUCAACUGAAGGCCAAGUGGUGGAGGUCUUCCUGCAAUGAAGGAGAGAACUCAGGUCAAUGGAGUCCACUUAAAGUAAACCAGAUUGGAGGUGCCUUACUCCUUCUAGCAAUUGGAUUGUCUCUGGCCUUGGUCAUCGCUUGCAUCGAAUUGGCUAUCAAAUCAAGAAAAAAGGCUGAUCAAGAUAAAUCCUGUUGCAAUGUUUUCACUGAAGAAAUUAAUCUUCGGUUUAAAGGGAGAAAUGAGGUCGGUAAGAAGACCAAGGCCUGAAGAUUCCAUAAUGGAAGACAGAAAGCUGAAAUUAAUAAUAUACAAUUCUCUUCUGUUAAUGUUAACCUGUAACAUUACAGCAUAUAGCUGAACUCCCAAUAUAAUGGAGACAAUUAUUUCAUGUAACAAUUCUGGUCAUCAUAUUCCAGGAAAGAUUUAAUUGUACUGCACAGAAGACUUACAAAGAUAUUGCCACGACUGGAAAUUUGUAGCUAUGAGGAAAGUUUGGAUAAUUUACUAUUGUUUUCUUUGAAAGGAAGGUGGCAAGGGGAGCUUUUUGAGGUGUAUAAAAUUAUGAGGGCGUAGGAAUAAAAGGGAAGAACAAAUGCCCCUUCGCAUAAGGCUAAAAAAAAACCAUGCGGUAUAGAGUUAAAGUGAAUGUUAGACGUAUUAGAAUGGAAGAUGAGGAAAAGUAUUUUUAUCCAGAGAAUGUCAAACCACCUCUUUUUGCAUCAUAAAUUUUCUGUAAUACAAUGCAAGGCACCACCUAGAAUACAACAAAUUAAAUAAAGUGAUUAAUAAAGACCAA